UCCGUUCGCGUCAAGCACAGGUGCAUGGACCGCUCGCGCAGCCAUGUCCACCGCCGUCGAGCUCUCCAUCAAUGAUGACCACCCUCUUGCGCUGGAGCUCACGAGCCUCCGCUCUGCAGUAGACCGCUAUCAGCACGAGGCCCACGCUGCAUCCGUCAAGCUCCAGAGACACUCGCUUGAUACCACCCAUGCUAUUGAACGCGCGUAUGCGCUCGAGGGCGAAAAUGUAAAGCUCAGGGAGGAGCUCGCCACUCUCAAGGCACAUCCGGAUACCACACCCCAUCCGGCGUCCCUCCAGGUGCAGGAGCUCACCAUAGCUCACCGACGGCUCUCGGACAAGCUCACAGAUACGGAGGAGGCCCUCCUGGCUCGCACCACUGAGCUUGUGAACGCUCAGAGCGACUUCGCUAGGAUACAGAAUUCUGUUGACGCCGCGCAUGAACUAGCAGCUCAGAGACAAGGUCAAGUGCAGGUGGCUCAGGCGAAGCAAAGGGAGUUGGAACGGAAGCUACGAUCCGCCGAGGAGGAGCGCAAACUCUCGGAUCUGGUCGUCCAGGAGUAUGCGGACCUCGUCCGGACGCUCGAAGGCAGGCCUAAAACGCAGGCUGCUUCAGCCUCAACUACGUCGUUCCCCUUGGGUAAUGCAGGUAACAACUCCAGCACAACACUGGUAGACAGCCUAUCAGAAGGAAAGUCCGGUCUGCAAAAGCUGCUAGGCGAGCUCAACGGCGAGCACGAGCAACUUAGCGCGGAAAUCAGUCGCCUUCAGGGGGAACUUGGCAGUCUGGCGAGCGAACUGGAUGUCGAACGGAACCACGGGCUGGACGAUCGUGCGCAGCUUGCUCAAUCCCUCGUCGAUAUGGAACGCUACAGAAUUGACGACAACACGGCUGCGAAGAUGGUUUCUCGUUACAUGAAGUUCUCUCAGUCCGCGACCGAUUCCCUCCAGAAAGCCAUGGAAGGCAUGAAAGCCCGGUAUACCGCCAGCGCCGCCACGCUCGGUGCCCAAAUCAACUACCUACAGAAGGCCCUCGAGACCGAACGCCGACAGUCCGAGAAGCUGCGCCAAGUCCUGGAUGAUCUCACCGAGGAUAUCUCGCGCGAAGCGUACGGGCGGCGACGAGAGAUCUCACUGCGCCUCGCGUUCCUCGGACGCGAAGAGAGCCUCGCGGAGAGCUUGCGGAGAUGGAUCAGGCGCUCGAGGGAGUCCUUCGAUCGGUUGAAGGCUGCACAGGGGGAUCUCCCUUCAGGAGUGCAAUCCGUAUUCGAUGGGAGCGUCCGCGAUGCUGAGGCACUCCUCGAGACCCUAAAUGGACAGCCUUCGGUGGAACCUGGUUCGACGGGUUCCAUAGCUCGUGUGGUCGCCGCACAAAAUAUUGCCGCAAUUCUAGCUCGCGAGCUACAGAUGGAGACGGACAGGCGGAUGCAGGUGGAAAGGCGGCUGGCGCAGCGACGCGUCUCGCGAUCCCCGACGCCUGCGGGGGUAUCAGAGGGGUCGGCGGCGAAUGGCGAUGCGGAUGCUGGGCUGGCGAGGCCCCUGCCCGUUCGAAGUACGUCGCUUCGGGCCUCCGUAACUAUCGCCCCCAAAGAUGCUGUACGUGAGUCGCCGCUGCCGGAGCCCGUCAAAGAGACCCAGUCGGUGGCGCCUGCUCCGGCACCACAAAUUGUCGUCUCAGAGGAAAGGGCAGCAUCCACACCGGUCGCAGAUGUACGCGCAGCACCCGUCGAGCUCCCAGCAGAAUCUGCUCCCGAAGCAGAUACGCCAUCUGUUUCUGCUGACAGCACUCCUUCUCCCGUUGUGAUAGACACUCCCUGUUCAGAACCUCCUCCGGCUCCUGCAGCACUCAACUUCGCCGUUGUACCGAUUAACGAUGCGGCUACAGAGAGUGGGCCCGUCACUGCACCCGUUGUGGAUGCACGAGUAGAGACGGACCCCGCUACAGACAUCCUGUUCCAACCGCUCUCUGCUCCCCCAAUCCUAGUCACUUUGACAACGAAUGUCGAGGACGGACUGAAGGUGCCGAAAUCAGCGCCUCCACCAAUACCCCUCUCGGCAACCGUCGCAUUCCCGUCAGUGGGCGAGGGUGAGCAGUCGCCGCCUGUGGUAGACAUGGUCUCGCUCCCUGCUUCCAUACUGGAGCAAUCCACAGGACCUCAAGCCUCUCUCUUAUCCGAACUGAGGCAAGCGAAGGACCGAUACGACGUUUUGCAACGCGGCUUCCGUGACUGCCACCUCGCACUGAGAGACUUGAAGAGGGACCUCUCGUCUCUCGGCACCACCUCGGAACUUGCGAUCAUCCUGCAGAAAGCCGUUGAGCGAUUGGACGACUUCAAUGAAGAUGCGCGAGUGGAGUUGGAGAUCCGGAUAUCGGACGAGGCAAGGAUCUCAUCUGGCUAUGAGGCGCUGUUGACAAUCCCGGGGGCGAUGUCGGACGAAGUGGACGAGGUAGCGAUGGAGGCAGAGAUGCGGGCGUUCGUGGACGGUACGGACAAGGCGGUCAAGAGAGCGACGGACGGGUUCAGCCGCAAGCUCGAUGACCUCCAACACGACAUUGCGUCUGUGAAACGUGCGCUGCACGAUUUGACUGCUGCUUCUGUCGACUCUCCUGUGGCAUCUUCACCGCCCACCACGUCGCCCUCAUGGACCUCUUGGACGACGAACCUUCUGAGCCCCUCCCACUCUGCCAGUCCGGGCCCUGCGCCUACCUUCGGGUCGGUUAUGACCUCGCCACGCUCCGAUGACUCUCCCAGUCCCAGUAACGAUCCAUUCGCAAGCCUAGAUUUGCGGAUAGCCAUGCCAGCCCACGUCGUGCCUGCGCUGCCGCCCCGCGUCUCGUCGACUACGUACAUGCUCGGGCUGGGAGCGCGGAGCGCCUUCGGUUUGAACGCUAUGUCUGGGGCGAAGUCCUCGCCCAGUCGGUUAGCUGAGAAGAAGGAAGAGAGCGCUGUCUCCGAUGAGGACGGUGGAUCGGACGUCGAAUGAAGGAAGUGUAUAUGCUGCUGUGCCUAGUUGUACCUACGUAGUUUAUCAAACACUCCGAGAGCAAUUGUUCCGAAGGGACGCGGCUUUCUGAUCUCGGAGAGCGUUCGUACAUGACCUUCGGUGACUUGCCAGAAUUAGUAA